CGAUGAUCCGGGAUGAUCCGGAACGGAUGCGAGAUCCUGACGCGCGGAACAAAACUGAUGAAACGUGCGUUCGAGGAUUCGUAGGCAGGGCCUCGAGUCGCGUGACGAUAGGAUCUACCCCACUAUCCUGCACGUUACCCCUAGCCGUUUGUACCUCUCCCUCUUCCUCCUCGCCAUCGUUGCGGUUUAGUUACCCCCACCUCACCCUGUCUACGUCGUCUCCCUCGCUCUCGUUGCUGCUUGUUUCUCUCACCCCUGUUCCUUGCUCACCGUGAGCAGGGUAGUUCUCGUACGACGCGCCCUUCCGUCGAGUCGUCGAGGAAAGGAGAGAGAGAGAAAAAGAAGGAGAGAGAGAAGAAUGCACACGAAUCGCAGUGUAAUCUGCUGCAACGUCUGUGUGUGACAGACGGGGCUGAAAAGUGCAACCCGGCGAUGGGAUUAGAAAGGCACGAUUCGUCGGCCACCUCGGGAAUUCCUUCUCGCGGCAGCGAUUGAACAGAGUGCGCGAACGAGCCCCUUCUCUUCUAGCUUCGCUAGUCUCCCCUCGGAGAGACGAGCAGCAUCCCGCGAGUGCGACGAGCUAAUUCGCGAUAAGGGAGAGGUAUAUCCUCCUAGGGCAGGAUAUAGGUAUACCUUCCAACCGUGUCCUCGUCGCGAUAUCAUGUGGAGUGUGGAUUUUGCAGAACCAACGCGAGUCGCGAUUGCGGGUGGCCUCCCAAAGAUGGUUCUGUCUUUCGCGACGUAUUAAAAUGUCGUCUAUUUUCUUGCGUCCGCCCGAGAGAGACCGUAGAAAUCCACGUAUAAAUGGAAUCUCUCCUGGGGCGGCUACACGAGAGUUCGGUAAAAAGAUAUCCGCGGAAAAAUAUUCGUGAAUAUAAAUGUGCCCUCGCAAAUCGAGGACACAUCGGUUGUCGUCCUCGAAAAAGGCGCGAUUGCAAGAGCGCAACAAAAGUACGAAAUAAUUUCACAUUCUCACUGCUUGUUAUCGCGAUCGCUAAUUAUAUCAUUUAUCCUCUACAGUAAUAAAUUAUCGAGAUAACAAAUGAGAGAAGAGAGAGACAGAAAGAGAGCAAGAUAGGUAGAAGAGAAGAUCGAGAGCCACGUGGCUCACGUUGAGCAUCAUCGAUGAUAAGAUCAAAUACGCGGCGGCUUGAUGGAGUCUCGCUUCUAUACUUUGAUGAUGAUGCUUGACGAACAAUACUGUUACCUAACCGACGAGGAUCGAAUCGGAUCGUCGAGAAAUAAGCUCAAGAGACUGAAGAUGAUGGCGAACGAACAAAGGCUCGUACGCGACUCGCGCUUUUAAACCAGCAGCAUCAAGCACGCGCUCCUCAUCGCACCGACAUCAUGGGGAAUGGUAUGAACAAGGUACUUUCUGGACUUUACGUAGGCAAUUAUCAGGACAGCAAGGAUGCCGAUCAAUUGGAACGUUUCGAGAUCACGCAUAUUCUGGCCAUUCACGACACGGCCCGUCGUUUGCAUUCUGAUAAGCAUUACCUGUGCAUCUUGGCCGCCGACAGUCCUGAUCAGAAUUUAUCGCAAUAUUUCUCUUUGUGUAACGACUUCAUUCAUGCCGCUCGUCUUCGCGGAGGAAAUGUUUUAAUCCAUUGUCUGGCAGGAAUGUCGAGGAGCGUAACAGUAGCAGUGGCCUACAUCAUGAGCACCACUAAUUUGUCCUGGAAAGAAGCGCUCAAAGUCGUCAGGGUUGGUCGUUCCAUCGCGAAUCCGAAUGUCGGUUUUCAACAGCAGCUCAAGGACUUUGAAUCCAGUCGCUUACAAGACGAGCGUCGCAGAUUAAAGGAGCGAUUUCCCAGUCUUGCUCUCGCCGAAUCGGACGCCGAGGCUUGCAGGUCCACCUUGAGAAAUUACGAAACACUGGCCCUAGCGAAAGAGGUGUGCGAAGGCAAAUGCGCCAUGGGACGCACUUGUCCGACUGGCCUUUGUCGUCAACCUACUAAAAGGACUGUGAGAAGAAAGUCGUCUACCAGCAGCAUCGGAAGCGCAUCUGGCCGGACACCCCCGCAGACGCCACGAAUGCUACCAUCUGCGCCGCCUUCGCCGGCUUUACACAGGUCAACGAGUGUUAUGUCCACGUCAAGACCAAGAAGUGGUCCAGCAGGACUGCAUUCUUACACCGGAGGUUCCGCUCCGCCUUCCAGGACCGUGUCGAGGGUGGACCUGUCGGCGGCGGUCGCUUGCAGCAGCAGCAACGCCAAUCUCUCUGUCGUGGGCAGAUCGAGCGUGCUCUCCAGCAGCAAUUGGCGACUGACCGCCGGUUCCGCACCGAAUACUCCACGACCGACGCCGCCAGUUUCGCCGCAACGUUGGCCUCGACGGCUCUCGAAUCGGCAGACGCAGUUGCCGGUGCCACCGGAAUCGCAUCCUUCGACGAUGACGUAGCAUCGGGAAAAGCUCGGUUCGCUCUCGAGCUUGGUGGAAUAAGAAACCUGGAAUAAGAACCUGACGAUCGGCGAACCGAUUCUCGAAAAAAAUCUCGUUGUUCACGUGCCCUUUAUUCGACGGGAUAAAUGAUUAAAGUCAUGGUGCGUGCAGGCUGCAUUCGAAGACGCCCUCGAUUAAGGAGAGAGCCAAGAGAAAGAGAUGCUUCAAAGAUGUAUAAAUUUUAUACGAAGAUGUGUGCCUGCUAAUGUCUCGCUUCGGGACGCGAUCUCGAAUGUCUAAUGUUCGUUCGGAUGAACCUAUUAGAGGUAAACGAUCAUGUAGGUGAUCGGGCGAGGUGUGAUAGCCCGUUGGCACGAUUCGAACUUGACGUGCCAGCGAUAGAAACGUCGACACAUCAUACGCGCAUAUCGCAUAAUGUUGGGAAUUGCUGGUGAAUUUUGAAGUGUACAAAGUUGUUAUAGUUGUUGAUUAUAUCUGACGAGGGCAAGUGCUUUUAUCGAGGGAGAGGAGCGGGAGGGGGACUCUCUCUUCGCGUACAGUUGGGGCACAAGUUGGUGCGUUUUAUAAUUAAUAAACGAGUCGAUUUUAGCGAUUCGAAACGAUUCAUCUCAAUCGGAGAAAUCAUGAGCAAUGAGACCUCUAUCGCUGACAAUCUGUCAUUUAGACGUAUUACGGAGCUCGAGCGUCGAUUUGAUGCAGUCGCGUAACGAUCGAUCUGCGAGUUGAAGUAAUAAAUUGGAAAGAUUGACGCAUUCGGGACGUGGAAUUAAUCCUUUGGGGCUUUAUCGGUUACGGCGAUAAUUGCUUGCAAUUAAGUGCGGCAGGUUAUCUCGCGCUUUUACAGCGCCGUUCAAUCGCGCUAAUAACGGCGCUUGUUAACGAUCUCUGCGUGCCGCAACAACAAUCCCUCCGGCAAAGAUAAUGCGCGAAUCCGAAUUAAUUAAUCGGUUAUGAAAAAAAGUACGCCACGCUCGAGGUAAUUACGUGAUAUAAUUAGCCCAAGGAUUAAGGAAAAAGAAAAAAAAAUCAUAUAUAAAUACACAUAUAUACGUAAUCGACCGCGCGAUCGUAGCUUGUGGUAGUUUUGAGACAACUGACCCAGAGUAGAGAGAAUAUUUUUCGAUAUUUAGGACUUAUGGCGUGAAAAAGCGAGAGAGAGAGAGAGAGAAGGAAAAUAUACAAGACGAAUAGCUCGUGUAAAAAGAAACGAGAUUGUACAAAACAUCGACACGUUCCCGGUCUCGGGAAUCGUCCUGCGGGAAGAAGAAAAUCGGUUCUGUUCCAACACUCGCAGGCAAAGUGACCGAGCCUUCGUUUUAGCAAAACCUGUUCCAAUUGAUUUCGUUCGCUACCGUCCAUACGAUUGUUGGCUUUCUAGCGAGAUCGCACUAUUUUACCGCGUGUUGUUGAAAGGCAAAGAGAGAAAGAGAUACACAUAUUAUCUAUACACGCAACAUACGCAUACAUACGUCGGCGACACACGUGUACAUACAAAUGUAAUACCUUGUUGUGCGAGAAAAGCGGGCUUUCAGAGAAUUUUAUAAACGCGCGAUCGAUGCGAUCGCGAUUAUAUUAUUAUACAUGAGUAGAGUGGUAGGCGUAGAUAGAGGAAACCUUGUUGUUGUUGUUGUUGUUGUUUCGCCAGCACGUGCACCAGUCGCAAACGAGUCGAGAUUUAUGAUAGCGUCGCUUCAAUCGUCCUUCAGUAUUACUAGAAUACGCGAUAACGUAACGUAGAUCGUUUUUUAAUCGUUUUCACGUACAAGGCUGCGCGUGUAAACAAACAUGUGUAAAGCGUCGUCGCAAAUGUAGUGUCGAUGGUAUUAAACAUGCAUUACGUGUCACAAAUUCGCGACAUUUUCCGAGGAAACUGAUGUAAUUGAUGAUGCGAGCAGAAUUGUAGGGUGAAAAAAAUUGUUACGAGAUAUCUUUUUUUAUUGAGAAUGUACGUAAAGAUUUUUUAUUUUAUUGCGUUAUAUUUAUAGCGAGAAUAUCGCGUUUUAACUUUAAGAGACGGGGAUUCUUGAUUGAAUUUGACGCGAUGAAUUUGAUGCCGCGUCAAAUUUUAUUACAUCAGAUGGAUUCGUAAUUUAUUUAUAGAAUAACUGAAGGAAGAAGCAAUAUUUUGUGAAGAAAUAUUUUGUAAUUUUGACGUUCAAAGUUAAAAAAAAAAAAUAUUAAAGUUGUAUAUGAAAAUACAAAGAUUAGAAAUGAUUAAUAUAGUUUGUAAAGACAUUUUGACCGCGACGUAAAUUUCGUUACGAAAUACUUUACUGUCUUUUUCUUAACACAUCGCAAAGCAGUUUAGGGUGAGAGAGGAAGCAAAAUAAGUCACAAUUUGAGAAGCAAAUGCGUUGAUUGAUAUUUUUCGAGAGUGUCAAUAGGAUUAAUUAUUUAAUAAUGUAAAACACACACAUACACACAUAUGUAAAAGGCAAGUUAGUGGCAUAAAAAAAUGUCUGACCCGGAAGUAGCGGAUUCUCGAUCGCUUUGUAUAUCGUCGAGAAAAUAACGCGGACUUUUCUGCGCGAUAUAACAACCGAGGUUACGAGUUUACGUUUUACGAGAGAAUUGCAAAUCCCGUGGAAAACGGGAUACUUUCGAGUCGAAUGAGUCUACCGUUAAGAUCGCGAUCCAACGUGAAACAGCUGUGUUCCACGUGUCUGAGAUUAAUAACAAACAGGUCCGUUAUCGGCGCGAAACGGUUUCAAUCGUAAAUCCGCCCGUAUCGUCACGUGCCCUCGUUUAAUGUCGCUCAUAAAAACGCGCUAAUUAACCCGCAAUCGAGUUACGUUUCAACAAACGACGAUCGAUUGUUCGCCGAGCUUGGUGAACAAUAUUUUAGAGAGAGGAGCAUUCAUACAUAUCGCCUGCGUUUAUAUAAAUCAUGUACCAGACAUGUAGCAGACUCUCCUGAAAUCACCGGAUGUCCCUUUAAUUAAUAAAUAAAUUCUCUGGCCAAUUUGAAGGCAAUUUUUCCUGGGCGAAAAUGUCGGAAAAGAUAUUAUUUCGACUCUACAAUUUUUGCCACUAUAUAUCUUUAUAGCUUUUAAAUUAAAAUUCCGUCAAAGUAAACUCCACCUGAGAUUAACUGAAAAAUAUAAUCGCUCGUUAAUUAAAAAUUGUCUGCAAACUGGUCAGAGAAGGUUUGUUGUUGAAAGGAUAUUCAGUGAUUUCGGGGUACCCUGUAUAUUUUAAAGAUACGACAUAUAUACCACGCCGGUUAUUAUAUUCGACAGAGUUGGCACGAAGAAUGAAAAUGUCAUUUAGCGAUCUACGGUCGCAUGGAGCGAAUACGCGACUCACUCGGAAGAGAGAGAAUCUAAAUUGGAAUUUACAUUUAUUUUUAAUCUCCUCCGUUGAUCUUACAGUCGCACAAAGUGGUCCAAAAAUUAUUCGGGAAUAUAAAUCCGUAGUCGCUAUAUAUUUUUGAAAGGUGUGAUUUUAGAACACAUUUGCUCCAUGUGACGACUUCCCAUAGAUGACAUACAUCCACAGACGGUUCUACUUUUUUACAAUGUCAAUGUUAACGAUCACACUAGAUCACAUUAGAUAAUCGAAUAAGAUAGAGACGCCCCUACGGAGCAUUGAACGGUAUCGAAGUAGUUUAUUGAUUUAUAAAGCAUCGCUAAAACAGUAGCUAAGUCUUCAGCGAUGUGUAAUGUGCUUAUCGCGGCCGAUAAGCGAAAGAGAAAAUCGAUGAAGAAAAUCGCUGGACGAUACAUACGACGUACAGUGAUGAUUAAUUCCAAGAGGGAUUUCCCGCGGACAGAGAGAUUAAAUCGCGACCCUCUUUGUUUCGCCAGAGAUUACAAGAAUAAAUACGAUACAUUGAUAAAAAGAAUCAUUUCACCGUGAAAUAGAGUCUCUUGGAACAGCUCAUUUUAUUAUUAGAGUAUCGCCGAUAGAUUGCAAACGGAUUGUUUUAUCACUCAAUUUACUUAAUUUUGUUUGCCGAUUAUAAUUUUGUUAAAUCUGCAAAGGGAAACUUUUUUACUUCCAUUGUAAUAAUUAUUCCGCUGCCGGAAUUGCAUUUGCCGGAGGUGGACCAUUUCAGCGACGCAUUCGCGUUUCAAUGAACAAAUUCACUCGGCAAUAUAUUUUUCGAUCCAAAUCAAAUCUCGCAAUAUCCAAUAAUCGGUCAUGUUAGCGAAGUGUGAUUGCUUUCGCAUGAAAUACUCGAUAGUGGUGAUGAUUUUGUAAAAUUAUUUGCUCCCGUCAACUUGACAUACUUUUUGCUACAAUAAACACGAGUCGGACGAGAUGCGAGAAGAGAUUGCGAUAAAAAAAAAAAGAAAAAAGAAAAAAAAUACGUAUCAGAGAUUUCCAGACAACUUGAGUAUUUUCCAGAGUACAUUUCGAUUUCUAUCGUAAAUGUCGCGCGAUAUCGUUGUUAUCCCCAUCCGAUAUUGCAUUUAUUUCGUCCACCUGUUAGCCGUCACUGUGCGACGAAGCAUCGCGUCGUACAAUCGUGAUUUUCUAGCAAUAAGCGGAGAUUAUCGACGCUGGCGCGAGCCGGCAAAUUGCGAGGCGCCAGUUAUCGCUCUCGUAGAUAUUAGCGCGAGCAAGCUUGAUCGUUAUUACACACAUUCACGUACGUAUAAGGACACCCGUUAUAUAGAGGAGACUCGCGAUAAUUUAUUUUUCUAAUGCCUAUAGCGUUCAUUCGAUCGUAGACGAUAUCUGAUUGCGAUAAGAGGGGGAGAAGAGGGUGACAGCUUUCGAUCGGCGCGAUGGAUAUCGAGAUGAUGGAGAUUCUUGAUACUUUCAUCACACACGUACAUACAUCGACGAGAAUGUAUAACACGAUAAAUCGUUGUGUCGCGUGAUUUUAAUUAUUGUUGCACCGAUAACGUUACUUUAUUAAGGCCACCAUGUGAUAUUUUUGUAAGCUGCAGAAAGAAAACGUUUUGGUUCACGCUAAAAAAAAAAGUGGUCGCUGAAUUACUUCCCUUCCCGAGCGAGCGAGUGUCUUUCCUUCCCAUCGAUUUCCCUUCCUUUCAUCGUCAUAAUAACUAUCCGCGAUAACUAGUGAAAGUUUCGUUAAU